AUGACGUGCGCUAAGGAUGCACCUUACAGAUAUACGUGGAAGCCAUCAAGCAAGUUUUCUUCCCUAGAGAGCUUAGAACUGGACCCUCCCAUCAUAUCUACAUAUCGGUCUCUCAGCCCUUCAUCUACCAGGGAGGAAGAUAAUCGGCCUCGCCUCAUUCUCGCUUCCUAUUUGGCUGGGAGUCGUCAAGAUAAUGAUUAUCUCGACUACAGAUCAGCUCCCAUGAUGGGGCUUUUAUCACGAAGUAUCCAGAAUCUUACUUUCUUGGGGGUCCGGUUGCCAUCUUCACGACUACCAUCUUUAUGA